CUUUGCUUGCCUCACCCUGGUAAUCUUAUUCGCAGCGGAAGCCCGAGUCACAGGCUGCAGCUCUCUUUUUGGUCUCCAUUUAGGUGCGGUACCUUGGUAGACAUCAGAUGUACGCUUCUCGGGCUGCUCAACUCCUCGGAGACGAGCGGUCAGGCCUGUGUUCCCUCCUCGCCCCUCGCUCCAAUGGAAAACCCGCGUACGACGCGACCAGCUGCCAGCCAUGGGUCCCUGAACGCCGCAUAUAACUCCCAGGCCCGUCUGGGCUCGCUUUCGUCGGCCGAGCCGAGCCGCCACCUGCGCAGCGUCCAUGAGAAUGCCACACUGCUACCUUCGCCUGGCCCGCUCGAGAGCAUGCUCAAGACAACCACCGAGACGGGAGACAUCGGCAUCUUCUCCAUCCGUCCCAUCGGUUCAUCCGCCACCUUCAACCAACUGCCGCGCGAGCGUUCGGCCUACUGGGACGACACGCCCCGCCCCAGGAGGCGCUCUGAGUCUGGGGACCACCGCCGCCAUGCGCCAUCACAAACCCAUGUCCGGGAUGACCGCAGGCGUCUGCCCUCGUACAGAGACGCCGCCUCGGACACCAUCUCCAUGUACGAGCCCGGCAGCCAGCAGCCGGCCCACAGCUUCCUGCCGCCGCCGUUCGACAGCCAGGGCCUUCGCUCCUACUCCAUGACCAGCUAUGGCUCCAAGACGUAUAGCCAACGGCCUCCUGCACGCAACCGCCCUGCCGGGACCAUGCCUCCCUCUCUGCAACGGCCCCGGUCGCCUUAUCCGUAUCCCACCAGGCUCAAGCGCCCAGGGGUCCGGCCUUCGUCGCCUGCCCUCACCGAGAACGGGAACGUUGAUUACAGCAGGAUGAUUGGGAUCGAUCGUGUUUCUCAUAGGACCGACCACCACCGAGUCUUGAGGUCGCAGCAAGCGUACGGGCAAGGCAGCCGCCGGGGUCCUCCCCCAUCAAUGAGGCCCGAGGCAGCCCGGUCGACGCGGUCGUACUCCAGCCAUGGCUCUCAUCGAUCUCAGCGCACUUCUUCUUCCACAGGACCUGACUACCGUGGCCCCUACCACCAUCCUCGCCCAGCCCACCCUUGGGCUAUGCAAUCUACCGAGGCCACUGAUUAUGGCACUCACGACUCGAGGUUCAGGAAUUCGAGCUUUGGAUCCAUCAUCGACAAAUACCAGUAUUCUUCACCCGCACCCGGCCGCCCGCCAGACUCGAAAGCCCCUUCGCGUCCGUUCUAUUAUGACUAUUCCGAAGACUUCGAUAGUGAGAGACAUGACUACAGCGCCCUCAGGACCCGCAGCCCACUCGUUCCGGUCUUGGCUCACAAUGCGAACUCUCGUCGGUCUCCUGUUCCAACCAACAGUUGGUCGGGUCGGUCCAAGCCAUGUCAUGUUCCUUCGCCUAGCGGCUUCUCGACCCCUCGGUCCGACAAUAGCCACAGCAGACGUGGCUCCGAGAGUAUGCCUGCUGCUCCUAGCUCCACUCCUGUUCGUGUUGAGCCCCUGCCGUCCAAUCUGAGCCCUAAUUCGGAGCGAGGCAUUGAGACCCUUAUCUCUGAGAACAAAGAGUGGCUGGCCAACAAUCUGUCUUCACCGCAAAUGGAGCAGGAUGGCGAUGAUUUUUCGCGACCCAACCAUCAGCAGGCCGACCAUGGUGCUCCGGAUCCGGAGAGGGGAGGGUCAGCGUCAAGCACUGGUCAGAAUGAGUGUAGACAAGUUCUACGUGCCCCCCACACAUUUAGUGGUCGCUUGUCUUCUGCUGUUUCCCCAAGCACUGCGCAGGCAUCAGACUCAGUCGAGUCUUCGGAAAAUACGGCAAGUCCCGCGGGCGUGACUAUAAACACGUACCGUGACUCCGACACUACAGUCUCGGAGCAUAUCUCUAGCUGGAUGCAAUCAGACCAUGAGACGGUGCAUAGCUCCUCGGAGACGGCGGCCUGUUCUCAACCUGCCUCGUCGCGAUACCGGUCAGGCAGCAUCAAGCCAGUCCACAGUGCCCGGAUAUCAGAUAAGAUGAGGGAGAAUAUCUCGACGACCUUUGAUGGGUCCGAGCCUGAAGCCAGUCCUGCUUUCGGGUUUGAUGGAUCGCACGGCGACAGCAGCACCUGGGACCGCCAGGGAUCACUGGGGCGUCACUGCCGCGAGAGCUAUAGCCUGUUGAGAUACACCAGAAUCAACGGGAGGGUGGAACGCGAUUCAGUGUCUAUCGAGAUAUCGCCUGCUCGGAGUGAGACGCCAAUGCUGGCUCCGAAGCCCAUAUCUCCCGCAAAAGAGCUUCGUGUGCGAAACAGCAUUCCGCAACUUAUCAAAGCCCUGCCACCUCUGCCCGGAGACCAUUCCCCACCGGCAAACUCCAGCACCCAGAUAUCCGGAGAGGAUUCCGACGAUGGCCGCUCAAUCGUGCAGAUACUCAGCAUCUCCACUCCGAGAUCGAAAAAGAAUGAGUCGUCAGUUGCUCUUGCCCCGGAGGCCCGUAUGCAUCAGAUAGACGAGGAGACCGAGCUUCAGCCCAAGGUCUCCAAGCUCAAGCUGCGUGUUUCAAGCCCAGAGUCGAGUUCGCCACGGCAAGAGGAUAGCGACUUUUCGCCUGGCUCACCCGAUUCCUGCGAAGCUGUGCCAUCAUCUAGUCUUGACGGCAACCUGAGAAAUGCAAGGUCGACCAAGUGCAGGAAAAUCAAGCUGAAGAUCCCCAAGAAUACCUGCAACGAAGGCAACUCGGCCGAGACCGGGGCCAUCAAAAGAGCCUCUGUCAUUGACACGUCAACAAUCGUAUUGGAGUCAUCGGAGAGCAACGGCUUGGUUCCCGGGGCGUCGUUUAUAUCGAGCCUGGAGACAACGUCACCACCUGACAUCAGCAGGCCAUUUCCGCCCACUGAGCGCCAUGGACGUGCGCGACUCGAAGAUACAAGCUCACUCCCCCCGAGCCCGAGCCCAUGCCGUUCUGAGAACCGGGAGACCACCCGGGGUGUAUCUCUGGAUAUCAACCCCGCCGCACCGGUGUUCUCCAGCACUGAGACCGUUGUCUCUCCGGAACACGACGUCGGAACAUCUCCUGGUGCCGCUGGCAAUACGCAGAAGCAAAUACCAAGAAGGAGAUUCUCCGGUAUUCGAUUGCGGCUCGCAGAGUCACUCUCGCGUCGCACCGGCCGCGAAGCAUCCAGGCAGGCCUCAGACGGCAGUUGCAAUCAAGGAGCGGGCAACAAUGCCAACAGAGCUGCACUUGGGGCGGCAGACAGCCAGAGCGACCUGUUCAAAGACAAGCCCGUACCCGCGUCCAAGAAAGACAGAACGCGCAGCAAGAGCCGGGUCCGGAAUAAGCUCUCGAAACUGGUCAAAGGGGCGAGGCAUGCGGUGAAAACUUACAUACACAAGCGCCACAGGGCGAGGUAGUUGGAGGACUUUUUUUUUUUUUGAAAAGGAAAUGCGAUGGAUUCUUGGAAGCCACCCAUAGUUAAGCUUCUUUUUUCCAUACCUAAGCCCUUGUUUCAGUUUGUUACUCCUCCCUCUUAUGUAUCCUCUUUUCUUUCCUUGAGAUACCUGCUCAGUCACCCUUCUAGGCUGUCGUUUGUUCUAGUGUUAAGACAGGGAGAUAUGCUGGGUGUUUUAAGGUUUCAAG